AUGGACACCAUGCUCGCGGGAGUUUCUGGAGCCGCGGCGUACCUGGAUGAUAUCAUUUUAAUGGGUCGGACGGCAGAAGAACUAUUUCAGCGGCUCGCUGAAGUGCUUGUACCUAUCCAGUCAUAUGGUUUCCGUAUCCGCGAAGAUAAGUGUACCUUUUUACACCAACCAUCAAGUUUCUCGGUUUCAUCUUCUCAAAAGACGGUCGUCGCCCUGAUCCAGAAAAUAUCCGAGCUAUUCAAAAGAUGCCCCCACCUGUGGACUUGCAGUCGCUGCGUUCAUUCUGUG